AAUCCUGAGUGUGUGUGUGUGAGAGAGAGAGAGAGAGCUCGAGCUCUGAAGCUGAAGUCUUGGUCACGCUGUAACCCUGAGUGAGGAUUAAAGAUGCUUCUGCGGAGCUUGUUCCGGGCGGUGAUCAUGGGUCCGCCGGGUUCGGGGAAAGGAACCGUGUCGUCUCGGAUCAGUGAAAGUUUCGGGCUGCAGCAUCUCUCCAGCGGGGACAUGUUACGGGCCAACAUUAAAGCCAAGAGCGAACUGGGUCUUCUGAUGAAGUCGUGUAUAGAUCAGGGUCAGCUGAUUCCCGAUGACGUCAUGUCUCGCCUCAUCCUGGCCAGCCUUCGAGAAAUGGAGCAGAGCAGCUGGCUGUUAGACGGUUUUCCCCGGACGGUGGCGCAGGCUGAGAGUUUGGACAGCGUGUUCACUGUGGACACGGUCAUCAACCUGGACGUGCCGUUCGAGACCAUUAAGGAGCGUCUGACGUCUCGCUGGGUUCAUCUGUCGAGCGGCCGAGUCUACAACACCGACUUCAACCCUCCCAGAAUCCCCGGUCUUGAUGAUGUCACAGGUGAGCCGUUGACGCAGAGAGAUGAUGACACGCCUGAAACGGUGACCCGCAGACUGAAGGCGUAUGAAACCCAGACUCAACCGGUUCUGGAGUAUUACAGGAGUAAAGGAGUUCUGGCGACGUUCACCGGAACUGAAACCAAUAAGAUCUGGCCUCAUGUUCACGCUUUCCUCGCAAAGAAGAUCCCGCAGAGUCAGCAGGUCCGAGGAGGAGUUUAGCCGCUUCCCGAUGUAAAGAAUUCGAUUUUGUCUGGAAUUUGAACGAAUCAUUUUGGUUUUGAUGGAAAGCGAUCGCGCUGUAAUUUUGGACACACUUUAUUUUUAAUCGUAGACGAUUUUAAUAGACGUUAAAUCUGAUUGAAGUGGAUUUUAGACUCUAAACUGUGCAUGUAGUAAUGCGUUUAAAUGAAAUCUCAUUUCAGUAUUUUCUUAUAUUCUCUUUUUCCUGCUUUGAGUAAGUUUUAGUUUUAAAGCACCUUCUUUUAAUUUUUAGAUUUUUUUUUUAAAUUUUUUUUUAAUUUUUUUUUUUUUAUAACCAACAAUCACCCCCUCACACCCCAAUCCCCUCCUUCCCCUUUAAAGUCUUUGAAUGACUUUAUUAACAAAAAAUAUCUUGUUAAUUUUUUGAACCAUUAAAGCCACUUCUAAGAGAGGCAGAGAGAAAAAAGGAAGAAAGAAAAGGGGAAAAAAAGUAAAUGACUAAAUUAAAAAAAAAAAAAGAAAAGGGAGAGAAAAAAAUGUUAUGCACAGGAAGAGAAAACAUUUUGAAAAAUCCUAAAAUGUUUUAAUUAAAACAUUUUAAAAAAUCUAUGAAAGGGGAAAGAAAGGACAAAAAAUAUUUACAGGAAGAGAAAAGGAAGAUAAUUUUUUCUUUAACAGCAAACUGAAUUUUUAAAUAACUAAAAAAGAAGAAAUAUAUGACGCAUGUAUGGAAACACGUGUCCAUCAACAAUUCAAACACAAUUUGCAUUAAAAAAAAAACAAAAAAGGAAAAAAUAAAGGAGAGGAAAAAAAAGACUAAAAAAUAUUUUGGAAGGAAAGUUUAAGUUCUUGAAGAUAUUCGGUGCUGGCUGGAGGAACGACGACGUCGACCCGGGAAAACUUAAAAAAAAAUAAUAAUAACAAUAAUAAAAAAAAUUAACAUGAAAAUGUUUUUUUGCACUAAAACGUUCAGGAUUUUCAGAGUGGAGUUCAGAUUGUAUGAUAUUUUUAUUCUCAGAUGAAUCAUUUUCCUCACAAAGUCGCCUUAACUCAGAGAAACUCCUGUGUUUUAUUCCUAAACUCCGUCACCACCAUUUUAUUGUGUUUGCGUCGGAACCUCAUUUCAACAAACGUCCGUAAAUGACCUUAAACAUAUUUUGGAAAUGCUAAUGAAUGUGAUUUGAUAGCAAAUUUUAUAUAAUGAGGAAAUUAUAUAUGUUUGUAUAAAGAUCAUUUACGUUUAUUACUGAUUUCACGUCACUGAGCUGAAUAAUGACAAAUAAAUAAAUCAUUUUAAAUAUCA